CUCAAUCCCAAGAAAUAAUACGUGUAUUCGGUAAUACCAAAUAUAGAAAAUUUUGGUACGAUAUUCGGUAUAUCCCAAAUACCGGUACCAAACUUCCAACCCUACUUAAACACACAAUAUUUUUGACCAAAUAAUAAAAAAAAUUCUUUUAAUAUAUUUGAGUGUGUGAGUGUGAGGGACGGGGUAAGAUGACAAGUUUAAAAAAAAUGAUACAGUAACUUGGUAAAAUGUGCAACUCAUUAUAAUAAUAAUAGUAAUUACUACCAAGUGUGAUGAACAAUGGCUAAUAUUUUGAUUUUUGACACAAUUUUUUUUGUUCCCCACCACCAAAUCUUUUUUUCUCAAUAAUUGUUAUCUUACUAUUUUUGUUCUUAUUCCACUACCUGACUUUAUUUCACAACUCAAGCAAAGUCUAGGCUGCGCAGGUCUUUAGUGAUUAGUGCCGCAACACGUUGAAGAAAGAUAAUAGUAAGAACUAAGAAGGCAAGGUAUGAGGAAAAAGAUGGUACCCAUUUUGUUCAUCUUCCCGUGCUUUCCAGUCAAUAAUGCUACACCCUGCAGUUGCGUGUGGGAAAGCAACAAACCGCUUUGCCUGUGAAAAGGCCACAGCAGGGCAGCUGAUAGAUUCCUAGACCACCUUAAAACAAAUACAAGUGGAUAAUAACAGCCAUAUAACUAUGUUCCAUUCCUUCACAGAUCACUCUAAAACAGAGAAAAGCAGAGGCAUGGCUGGCUGGCUAGGAAAGAUGGACCAAAAUUAAGCAAAGGCUGCUCAAGUGAAAACCACCUCCUCGCCGCCAAGUCAGUCAGUCUACCACCGACGGGUUUCUCAACCACUUUCUCAGCAACGAGAAUCACAUUCAGAAGAAACUACUUCUUUAUUAUUACAGAGUUGAAAAUGAAAACAGAUCUCUCUGUCUUUCCCUUUUCAUUCCCUCCCAUGCUCCUCCUCCUGUCAGUGCCCAUUCUCCAACCAACUCCCAUAAAAGAACAGAUAAUAAAGAAGAAAGAAAGACGAAAGCUCUCUGCUUUUCUCCAUUAUUAAAGCACUCACGAUGCCAAACAACAGUUACAAGCGACAAACCCCCCAAUUAAGCUAAGCAAGCUCAGACCCACACACUUAUGAAGACCGGAAUCCGAGGAGGAAAGCAAAGCUUCAGCAGCUUAACAGCAACAAGCUUUAUUGUUAACUGUUAGCCGCUGCUGCCCUUCCCUUCCCUUCCUCCUUUCCCAAUAUGGCUGCAGCAGCUGCCGCCAGUGGUUCAGUUUUUCCCUUCCCUUUCCUUUUUCUAUUAUCCAGUCUUGCCUUCACCAUCUCCACCCAGCAAUCAGACAGAUUCAUCUUCCACGGCUUCGGCAAUGGAACCAAAAACCAGCAGCAGUUGCUCAGGCUCGACGGAGCUGGAGAGAUACUACCCAACGGCCUUCUCCGCCUCACCAACGCCUCCGCCCUUCAAAUUGGCCACGCUUUCUUCCCUCGCCCUCUCAAUUUCAUCCGCGGGAAAUCAUCUCUAUCCUUCUCCACCAACUUCGUCUUCGCCAUGGUCCCGCAAUCCCCAAAUCUCGGCGGCCACGGCCUGGCUUUUUUACUCUCCCCGGCGGUGGAUUUCUCACACGCCGUCGCCAGCCAGCACUUGGGUCUCUUCAACGCCACGACCGACGGCGCCUCCACCAACCACGUUGUGGCGAUCGAGCUGGACGCAAUGCGUAGCCCCGAGUUUCAGGACAUCGACAAUAACCAUGUUGGGGUUGACGUCAACAGCCUGAUUUCAAUUGAUGCCGCCCCUGCUUCUUAUCUAUCUCCAGACGGGAAGAAUUUGACCUUGCAGCUGCUGAGCGGGAGGCCAAUUCAGGUUUGGAUUGAUUAUAAUGAUACCCAGAAGCUGAUUAAUGUGACAUUGGCUCCCAUGGACGGUCCGCGUCCAGAAAGGCCUCUGCUUUCUACCUCUGUGAAUCUCACUGAUGUUCUGCUGGACUCUAUGUAUGUGGGUUUCUCUGCUGCAACUAGCACUGUGACCAGUGAGCAUUACAUUCUUGGGUGGAGCUUCAGCCAGACAGGGAGGGCGGAACAGCUCGACAUUUCGAAGCUUCCUAAGCUUCCUCCAGUGAGAAAGGAGAGGAGGAAGGUUGAGUGGAUGAGCAUAGUUUUCCCUAUAUUGGCUGCCUUUGUGUUGGUAGGGAUUGGAGGGUUUGUGGUUUGCUUGAUAAGGAGGAAGAAGUACGAGGAGAUAUGUGAGGAUUGGGAGAAGGAGUAUCAUCCUCAGAGAUUCACUUACAAGAAUCUCUAUUUGGCAACCCACGGUUUCAAAGAGAAGCAGUUUCUUGGAGUUGGAGGAUUUGGGAAGGUUUACAAGGGAGUUCUUCCUAAAUCAGAAACCGCCAUAGCGGUGAAGAGGGUCUCCCAUGAUUCCAGGCAAGGGAUGAAGGAGUUCGUGGCCGAGAUCGUCAGCAUAGGAAGGUUGAGGCACAGGAACUUGGUGCAGCUGCUGGGCUACUGCAGAAGAAAGGGCGAACUGCUCCUGGUCUAUGACUAUAUGCCUAAUGGAAGCCUUGAUCAUUUUUUGUUCAAAGAUGAUGAAAAGAAGCCAACCUUGAAUUGGCCCCAGAGGCAGCGGAUCAUCAGAGGAGUAGCUUCUGCACUUCUGUAUCUCCACGAGGAGUGGGAACAAGUUGUGAUUCACAGGGACAUAAAAGCUAGCAAUGUGCUUCUAGAUGCCGAUUUCAAUGGAAGGCUGGGAGAUUUUGGCCUGGCUAGAUUGCAUGAUCAUGGCACAAACUCCCACACCACGCAAGUAGCAGGCACUGUGGGUUACUUAGCUCCAGAGCUAACUAGACUUGGGAAGGCAACCACAGGCACAGAUGUGUUCGCCUUUGGGGUGUUCAUGUUGGAGGUGGCCUGUGGACGUCGGCCUGUAGAGGCUGAAACAGCGGCUGAGGAGGUGAUUUUGGUAGACUGGGUUGUAAGGUGCUGGCAACAAGGCAACAUUUUUAAAGCUGUAGAUUCCAGAUUGCAGGACACCUACGACAGGGAAGAAAUGGAGCUUGUUCUGAAAUUAGGGCUGUUGUGUUCACAUCCUGUGGCAGCAUUAAGGCCGAGCUUGAGGAAAGUGAUGCAGUACCUGGAUGGGGACACGACAUUGCCUGAGAUAUCACUGGAAAGUGCAGGAGUAGGCAACUUUGGGAGCUACAGUGAGAGAUCUGAUCUUUACUUCUCCAACUUUGGGAGCUACAGUAGGGCUUCCAUAAAUUCCUUCUGCAGCCAGGAUUCAAUCAUCACAACAGGUCGUUAGUGUGCCAUUACUGGCAUGAGUUCAGAUAUGUUAAGUCUUUGGUGGUCAGGGUUCUGUAAUGUUUCUUUUCUUUUCUUGACUGGUGGUGUUAGUAAUGGUUUUUUUCUUCUUCUUUCGAGUUUUGUAAUGUUCCCUCUGUAACUAGGAAACAGAAAGAGCAACACUUCUUCGACAACAGAUCAUCUGUUGAAUUGACUAGAUAGAAUUAGAAGUGUUUGUUUUACAUUCAAUACACAAACCAUAUCUAUACAACAACACAAGCCACUGAUUGGUGGCUGACAUGUAUGGUCUCUGGUGGAAGCUUGGUAUUAUCAGAACAGCAUGGCUAGGAGUUUAACUGAUUGAAAGAAACACAUGUUUUCCUGUUUGUAUGAGGAUUCUCUGAGAAAGUUGAGCUGAAGCUAUUAGUACCAGAGCUUUUAAGGUGAUCGUCGGCCUCCGAUUGAAACCGUUGUAGGCUAGCGGCUCCAAGUUGUUGCGCAACUGUAAGCCUCUGCCUCUCAGAGCAGCUCUGCAGUUUAUCCUCAACGUGACGACAACCAGCCAGUGGAAGACAGAUGAAGGAAGGACCAACGGCGUGUUGUGCAGAAGCAGUAGCAGUACGCAGCAGGAACAACAUCUAUCCGUUGCAGCAGCAGCAGAACUAUCUCCUGCCUGCUCAUUUUCUGUUUCAUUUCCUUAUUUCGGAUUCUGGUAUGCUCUCAUAGAUAUAUUGAAAAGACCUAGCCAGACAGGUUCCUUGCUCCAACUCCACAGAAAUUGUUCAUUGUAUUUCAGAUUCCUUAUUAAUUAACAAACACUUUUAAAAAUUAACUAGCACCGGGCUCGGCCCUUGGCCGAGAAAGUUUAGACAAAAAAUAUGCACAUAUAACAUGCUUACAAAAUUACAAUAUAAUAAAAAAAUAAGACAUUAAAUUGGAGAAAGAAAUACAAUUGUUCAAAGAAAGAAAGAAAAACAUGCACAUAAUUCAAGAUUAGAGUUGCUUCCCUUAAAUCAUACAUAAUGAACCGUUAGGGGGGAAGAAAAAGAUUGGUCUCUGUUAGAGUUUAGUAAUAGGAUCAUUUGUAAUCCUAAUUGACGUCAAAUAGGGUAAAUUGCAAGGUUGAUCACUGAGUUAACUAAAAACGUUCACAUUUGAUCACUAAAAAUAUUUAAUUUCAUUCGUGGUCACUAAGAUUAGUUUAAUAGCUCAAGUUUGAUCACUCUCCAUUUGUCUCUGUUAACUUUAGCUUAUGUGGCAGUCAACUCUUCUAGUUGACCGUUAAAUAUAUGACGUGGUAAUUAAAAAAUAUUAAAAAUUUAGAAAAAAAAUCUUUUAUAUUUUCCACCUCAUCGUUGUAGUUCGUAGACGGGGAUUCCAUACAUGUGUUGCGUUCUAUAUGAGUCGCAUAGACGGGGAUUCCUUCGUGUAUUCAUCAUCAACGGUAUCUUAAGUGUGUGGAUUUGCGGUUACUUUAAUUCAACUCGUGACUCAUUGGUUGAGUGAUUAAAAUGCUCGAGUUAAAUGUUGAUUGUGUAUGGUGAACUUCAUCAACCAAAUUUGUGAUAAUAAAGACCGAAGUGAAGUUUAAAAUAUAAUAUGAAAUUCUUUUAGGAACCAAAAGAAAUAAUAAUAAAAGAUAAAUGAAAAGCAUAAGUUUUG